CCCGAACAGAGAAGGAACACCGCUGUUACGGUGCUCCGCUACCUCCAUAGGCAAGGACUUUAGCUCUAGCGCGCCUCUGUAUGUCUGGGACUGAGUCUUCAAGGGACAGAUGAAGCUAAGCUUCACACGUGCUUCUCUCUCCUCCGUACUUGUACCACUCAUCUUCAACUCCAACCUGGUUCGACCCAUCUCGUGUUCAUCGGUUUCAUGUUCACCCGCUUCGGCAAAACCUCAAACACCACUCUUUCUCAGAUCACCCACUUUCUCAGCAACUCUAUCAGACCUCAAAAAAUGGCAAGAUUGGGCCAAAACCCUAGCCUCCUCAGUUGGGUCUUCAUUCUUGGACUCAGACAACGGCCCGGACGCCACCUUAUUGCAAAGGGAAUUCAAUUGGCUCAUUGAAGACGCUCUUGAACACCCCAAAACAAUUGGGAUUACUGAUAAUGACAAAAAGAACAUGGUGGUGACAUUAAGGGCUGAUUUGGAGGAUCUUUACGAGUUGUGGAAGCAAAGAAUUGAAGAGAGGAGACCGUUUCAGUAUAUAGUCGGGUGUGAGCAUUGGAGGGACUUGGUGUUGAGUGUCCAAGAAGGGGUUCUGAUACCAAGACCUGAGACUGAAUUGAUUGUUGACUUGGUAGGUGAUGUGAUUAAGGACAAUGAAGGGUUGAGGGAAGGGUUGUGGGCUGAUUUGGGGACUGGAAGUGGUGCUCUUGCCAUCGGGAUUGGCAGGAUUUUGGGGAGUUCAGGGAGGGUCAUUGCGACUGAUUUGAGCCCGGUGGCAGUUGCAGUCGCCUCUUUUAAUGUGCAAAGGUAUAAUUUGCAGGAUAAAAUUAAGAUAAAGCAAGGAUCUUGGUUUGAACCUUUGAAGGAUGUCAAAGGGGAACUCAUGGGACUUGUAAGUAAUCCACCAUAUAUUCCAAGUGAACAUAUCAGUGGGCUACAAGCUGAAGUUGCUAAGUAUGAACCAAGACUUGCGUUAGAUGGUGGCUCAAAUGGUGUAGGUAGCCUUCUUCAUCUCUGCAAUGGGGCUGUUUCAAUGUUGAAACCUGGUGGAUUUUUUGCUUUUGAGACAAAUGGUGAAAACCAGUGCAAGUUUCUUGUGGAUUACAUGGAAACUGAAACUGAAGGCUGCUUCCGUGAUGCAAAGAUUAUAUCAGAUUUUGCAGGUAUCCAGAGAUUUGUAACUGGUUUUAGGGCACAAUAAGUUAUCAUAGUCUGUAUACUGUCAACUAUUAGUCAGUCUUAGAGGAAAAGAGAGAAAUGAGGCACCAUACCAGUUUUGUGUCAAAAUACUUUGACAGAGAAGCGUUGUAUGCAAUCAUGGCUAUUUUGGUUCAACAAUGAAUGACAAGAUUGAAGAAAGUGAGAG